CAUUAUUCAAUGCUCAUCAAGAUAAGUGUAUUCUGCCUUUCAUGAAGGGACAUCUUCCCCACGAAAACAUGCCUCUCUCCAAGGACCUCCUCCACCCCUCCCCAGGAGAGGAGGAGAGGAAGCAGAAGAAGAAGUGCCUGACUACGUAACUGGCUCCAAAGAAGCAGAUUUAGGGGGUGCAGAGAGUCUGGCCCAUGGAGUCCUAUGUUGGGAGAGGCUUCUGGAACUGCGACAUGAAGAUGGAGGGCUCCACUCUGCCUUCGUGGCCUCUGUAACAACUAGAGGCAACUAUCCAUGGCUGUUUCCGCAGCCAUCAUAUGGUACCCACUUCACCAGUUGUUGUGACCUUGACAUUAGCUCAGUGGCAUGUAUGAACCAACCCUCAUGGAAGGAAUAUUAAACCACUAGAGAAUGCUGAAGUGGAAGGACCUGGACAGCCAGAGAAACAUUUCAAGGUCAUCUGGGGCCUCCAAGGCUUUAAGACAGAUGGCGGAAAACAAACGUCUUUGGAGAAGAACCGAAGGGGACAGGUUAAAAGCGCUCUGACGUGCACACCAUGUGACAGGCCUCCUGCUAUAAGCCGAGGAAAGGUCCGCCCUCUCCUGGACUCAGCCCUCGCCUCGCCGAGCUCGGUCCCUAGACUCUCACCCGUCCCGCACCGUCCCGGGCGCCCGACACUCUGACUUGCUCGCCCGGGGCCUCGCCACCCCCUCCUCACUGAUCGUGCGAGGCCCCGCUCCGCAAGGGGAAGGUCAAGUCCCCCCGCCUGGGACCGGUGCGCGCGGAGUCCAGCGAGUGCAGAGACCUUGCGGCUCUCGCGGCGGCGCAGGAGUUACAAAGUCGCGGCGCAAAAAGCCUCUGCCGCAGCCCGGCAGCUCCCGCGCAGCUCCAGCGGCGGCGGCGCCCCCAGCGUGGCGCCCCCGUGCCGGGCCCGCCGCCCGGGACCCGGGCUGGGGCGCGGCGGGAGCCCGGAGCCCGGCGCCCCUAUGCGCCGCCUCGCCGCCGCCGCGCUACAGCUAUGACCCUGAGCACGGAGAUGUCCGAUGCCUCCGGCCUCGCGGAGGAGACAGACAUCGACGUGGUAGGGGAGGGCGAGGACGAAGACGACGAGGAAGAGGACGACGACGAGGGCAGCGGCGGCGUGUCCCGCCUGGCGGUCCCCGCGCAGCGGCGGCGGCGGCGGCGCUCCUACGCCGGAGAGGACGAGCUGGAGGACCUGGAGGAGGACGACGACGACGACGAUGACAUCCUGCUGGCCCCGCGCUCAGUGGCCUCCCCGGCGCCCCCGGGCCCAGCCCCAGUGGCGGGGGCCGGGGCCGGCGGGGGCGGCGGCGCGGGCUCGGGCGCGGGCGGCGGCGGCGGCGGGACCGCGGGCGGCGGCGCCAAGAACCCCCUGGUGAAGCCGCCCUACUCGUACAUCGCGCUCAUCACCAUGGCCAUCCUGCAGAGCCCCAAGAAGCGGCUGACGCUGAGCGAGAUCUGCGAGUUCAUCAGCGGCCGCUUCCCCUACUACCGGGAGAAGUUCCCCGCCUGGCAGAACAGCAUCCGCCACAACCUCUCGCUCAACGACUGCUUCGUCAAGAUCCCCCGCGAGCCCGGCAACCCCGGCAAAGGCAACUACUGGACGCUGGACCCCGAGUCCGCCGACAUGUUCGACAACGGCAGCUUCCUGCGCCGGAGGAAGCGCUUCAAGCGGCAGCCGCUGCUCCCGCCCAACGCCGCGGCCGCCGAGUCGCUGCUGCUGCGCAGCGCAGGGGGCGCGGCGGGCGCGGGCGACCCCGCGGCGGCCGCGGCGCUCUUCCCGCCCGCGCCCCCGCCGCCCCCGCACGCCUACGGCUACGGCCCCUACGGCUGCGGCUACGGCCUGCAGCUGCCGCCCUACGCGCCGCCCUCGGCCCUCUUCGCCGCCGCCGCGGCCGCCGCGGCCGCCGCCGCCUUCCACCCGCACUCGCCCCCGCCGCCCCCGCCGCCCCCGCCGCCGCACGGCGCGGCCGCGGAGCUGGCCCGGACCGCCUUCGGCUACCGGCCGCACCCGCUCGGCGCCGCCCUGCCCGCCCCCCUGCAGGCCUCGGCUGCCAAGGCCGGCGGCCCGGGCGCCUCGGCGCUGGCGCGCUCGCCCUUCUCCAUCGAGAGCAUCAUCGGAGGCAGCCUGGGCCCGGCCGCCGCCGCCGCCGCCGCCGCGCAAGCAGCCGUCGCCGUGCAGGCCUCGCCUUCACCCUCUGCGGGGACCCCGUCCGCGCCCGCGCCGGGAUCCGGCGGCGGCGGCGGCGGCGGCGGCGGCGGCUGCGCCGCUCAGGCGGCCGUAGGCCCGGCCGCCGCGCUCACCCGCUCCCUCGUGGCCGCCGCGGCCGCCGCCGCCUCCUCGGUCUCCUCGUCCGCCGCGCUGGGGACUCUGCACCAAGGGACUGCCCUGUCCAGUGUCGAGAACUUUACUGCUAGGAUUUCAAAUUGUUAAUAACGCUAUGUUAGCGCGCUUGGGAAAGAGAAGCACGGCUAAGAGAGAGGACUUUGGAACCGAGAACGUCCAGAUGCCACAGCUGCCCGGGGUGGAGACGAGUUAGCAGGCGGAACCCAGACGGCCCAGGCACCGCUCGCAUGCCUCGCAGCCUUCUGUAAGUCACAGAUCUGAAACUUAGAGCUGAAAGUCAUUAUGAGGAGAGAGUGAAAGAACGGGGCCAUGGGUAUUAUUAUUAUUUGCAUGAUACUUCGAUGUCUCGAACAGCGGGGAAUCCCAGCUACUCCUCUCUGUUCAAAUUCCCGCAUCUCUAAAAGUGCCAGGACGGACUCUACCCCCUCCCCCGCCCCCAGGUUGUCCGCGCUUUUAAGAGAAUGGUAACAAGGCACUGUGCAAUCCAGCGCUGGCCUCCUUUGGCGUCUGGAGAUGGGGUCCCGCAUCACCCAAGCCAGCUAGAGAGACCGCAAGCCUGUGGUGCGCCCCUGAGCCCUAAGAAAAAGUAAGCUCAACCGGCCUGCUCACUGUUGCGUUUUGCCUCAUCACCUUCCGGGUUUGGGCUUCCACGGUAGGUGUUGCUGGCCCGGAGACGGACGAGAUAGUGGGGAGCGAAGGCGUCGAGACGGGCAGGGAGUGAGCGGUGGCGGACUACCGGGCGGCCGGGAACGCGGGGCUCGCCCGGUUGGCUGAGUGGACGAGCAGGUGCUGGAACAAAGGCCGCGGGGCUGCCGGGCUACGGAGGCCUUUGAUGGGCAAGGACGUCUCCUCCCGGGGCUCCUCAUUCGCAUGCAAAUCCAGCUCUGGUCCUCUUUUCUUUGAAGGCAAACAGAAGGAUGUUUGUGUGUUUGUAAGGACGAAGCUUGCUUGAACAAGCCUUCCUCAAUAGGCUGGGUCUCGAAAAAUAAACCGGUUGGACAAACAUUGGCCACUAGCUCUCCUCCUCCCAACUACAAAGUGUGGAUUUGCUACAACUCAUUAACCCGACGCUUUUCUCCCCUUCGCCUUGUUUCUCUGCUCAUCAAACGCCCCCGUAGAGCCUGGAGACAAAUGACCGAAGCUCAGUCGGGAGGGAAUUGCAGUUAAUAGGGAGAGGGAUAUAUUGGGGCUAAUGGUUCAGGCAGCUCCCGGAGAAGGACCACACAAAAAGGAGCCUCUCCAUUCAGGGCUCUGUUGUGCUGCGGAGAUUUACUCUGCAGCUAGAUUUAGCCAAAUGUUAUCUAUUGCCCGGGUAAUGAAGCCCUUAUGGAUUGAAUUGCUCCUUGUACCACACAUGAUGUCAUGACCUUAGAUCGUUUCUUGGUUGAUUUCUUUUUUUCUCUAUUGGGUAAUUAUUUUAUUUCUUUAAAAUAAGAAGCUAGAGCUUCUGCUCAACAACAUGUUUCCUCUCCGUCCGCAUCCUGUGCAUUUAUUUAAGAGCCACUUCCUUUCCUCUUAAGAAAAGAAAAAGAAACUGGGGAGGGGAAGGAAAAAAUGAUGAGAACCUCUCCCAUUUUCUCUCACUGAGGCAUCUGGAUGUUUGCUCAGCUCUCCUUCCUGGUCCCCUACUCAGUGGGCCUUUCCUGCCCAAACUUUCUGCUGGUGGAACUGUAUUUGGGGUAUAUUUACUAUCAAAAUUCUUACAGUGAAUGUAAUAAGCAUCCAUUUGGGAAAAGCUUCAGCCUUUCAGGUUUUAUUAUUUUUUUUUUGAAAGCCCACCAUUCCUUCCUGUACCCUGUCCUCUGAGAGAUCUGGGGGAGGUGUUUUUUCUGAUGGAAGGUGAUUAUUUUGAUGGACUACCAGCCUGUGUCAUUUAUUAAAGGCUGUCUGAGGCCAGUGGCUGUGCCUGUUUUGUUUUUCUCUCUCUGGCCCUGGUGGCUCUGAUUUCCUUGCUUGACCGAAGACCAAGCUUGGAGCAGCUAACUGUGUUAUUAUAACUGCUAUAGAUGAGUAAGGAUCAGAUCUUAGUACCCAGAGCCAGGAGUUAACGACUCUAGUUUUCAUUUAAAAUUUUUCUGCUGGCUACACAUUUUGCUCACACUUAUUUUUAUUACUGACUGAGAAAAGUCAUGUGGGGACAACUUUAAGUUCAUAUCUACAUCAAACUCAAUCCAAAUCAGAAAUCUGCCCAGCAGUCACUCUGGUCUCUCUGGGAUCCUUCAAGGGGAUGACCGCAGGACACAUUGGCGUGCCAGGGAUCCCCUGCCCCCUUUAGAACUGAACCAGACAAGGAAUGGCCUGGGAAGCAGAGGAUAAGUAAAGUGGGCCCGGCAUUGUCAGCAUCCAUUCCUGUCUCUCCCUGUUUCCUGGUGUUGCAGCUGGGCCACACGCACUCACACGCACACACACACACACGCACACACACACACACACACACACAUACACACACACACACACACACACACACAGAGGCAUGACCGCUCAUUGCCCGUCAGCUGCCACUUGCCUCUCUUCUCCCCUAUGAUUUUGUAAUUAGGCAUAUGCUUUUUGUUGGUAAAUGUGUUUGAUGUCACGGCCAGUGAAAUGUGGACUGUUUAUAGGGCCACGAAUGUAAAUGUGUAAAUAUGUUUAGUGUAAAAUCUGGCCCUUCGACUUUAGCAAUAAAUACCCUGCCAAUUUGGAUACGAUUACAUUUGACAGGAAGAUGGAGAAUCUGAUCAUGACCAGCUGCUCAUGGCUCUUUGGGACUUGUACUUUCCCAACUGAAUUCACUUUUCAGAUAAUUUCUUUGCAUGUCACAUCUCUCUAAUCACAUCUUUCCCUUGACGUGAACAGCUUGGGCUCUUUUCUUUUUAUUGUUGACCACUCUGGCAUGCAGGAAGCUUCCUGGUUUAUUCCUCUUGCUUCUUUACUAGGAAAACACUAUUCAGUAACAAGUAAACACACAUAGAAAAUAAUGGAUUAUUAUCAUCAAUCCCCUUUUUGAGUUCUGAGCCUCCAGGUGUGAUAAGAUGGCUCAGAAGAGAAAUGAGAUAAAGCCUCUGAGUUUCUGGCCCACACUUAUAAUUUCCUGCUCUUUAUUAUCAUCAUCCUGACUUUAAAAGCCAUUUUGAGCUAUUCUCACUUUUAAAAAGUAAACGUUUUAGGAAGUACAAUACACAUACAGAAAAAUGCACAAAUCUCAAUGACUUUUCACAAGGCAAACAUACCCUUGCAACCAGCAUCAGAUCAAGAAGCAGAUAUUACCAGUUCCUUAGGAACCGCCCAUCUAUUCCAGUCAUUACCCUCAGCACACAUUAGCGUUUAAAAAGGAUUUUCAUUAAUAUUUCUCUCAACCACACUGAAAUAGUGACAACAAGAAUUAUUACUGAUCUCAUUUUACAAAUAAGGAUAUUAAGGUUGAAAAGAUAUGAAAUGACUUGCCCAAGGUCACAGCUACUGGGACUUCAGUAUUUAAAUCCCAUUUUAUGCCCUUCACAUCACACUGCCACUUUGUGGCCGUCAUUGUGAUUUAUUAAACACCCACUGUGGCAGGGCAAUUGCCUUAGAGGUCACUGUGUAGAAGAGCCAUUUGUUUUUUAUUCACUUUUUGCUUCCUUGCUAGAUCCUCCUCCCUCCUUCCUCUACUCAGGAGAUACCCCAGCCCCUUCACGUAGAUACAUUUGCAAUCUCUAGUCAAGUUAUUUCAGAAAUGUCAGCUUCUUCUACCUAGUGCCACAUGACAGCACUCUUCCAAUCUUUUGUGCAUUAGCAAUCUCCCUUAAAAUAUCACACACACACACACACACACACACACACACACACCUACCUCACCUUUUCACCUUUGUACUAUUUGCCCAUUUCCUCUGCUUUUCUCCCUAAUUUCUAAUGGUUGAAAUUCUGCCACACUGACAGAAAUUUUGCUAAGCAGGUCUUUAGAACCACACUUAAGGUCAUAUUGUCUCUAAGUGGAAAAAAAAAAGAAUAUGUAAGAGUCAGAUCAACUGAUUAAACAUUUAAUGAGAAAGAAAAUCACUUUUCUCAGAAUGUACCCUCUCCCCUCUGUUCAGACACACUCUUGAAGAUUUUUCUGUCUUUGAACAGCUGUGUAUGAUGUGGGCUAAGCCAGUCCUUUUAGCCCUUGCACAAUUAAUCCACUGCAUUGGAGCCUCCUGAGGGACAAUCCCACCUGGAGCUCAGAACUGCGUGGCCAGAGGUUUCCCUAAAAUGCUUAGGCAGGGUGGGAAUUCCAGACCACCUGCUGGAAUCACAUCUUUUUCUUGAUGCCAAAGCAUCCUUGCCAGUUGCCACCAGAAGCAUUAUUAAACCCUAGCCUCCUUGGGCAGUUGUUGGGGCCAAUGCUUUGUCCCUUAUAAGAACAUCCAAGCUGGAGUCAGUGCAAGGAUUGUACCCAACAGUGAGCUGCAGACUGUAAAGGACAGUGUCUAUAGUGGUCUUUUCAAGGGACAGUGCUUAAUGGAAGGUAACACUGAUUUUCUAGAGGAGUAUUUUUGUAAAACCAGAAACAGUUCUUCUUUUAGAUUUUACACUGUAAAAGAUAACAAAAUCCCAUUUCAGGAAUAAAAGCAGGCAGUUAAUAUCAGAAACAGUAUUUAGAGAACCUGGAAGUUCUGACCCUGAAUUUGAAAUCAGGAGACAGUUUGGGAGAUUAUUUUUCUGUUAUUUUUUGAAACUGACUUGAUUUUUCAAUGGGGUGUUUCCCUGCAUUUAGGAUCUUACAGUUAAAGGAGAAUCUGUCUAAUGUGUUAAGAAUGCAAGCUAUAUAUGGAAUGUGUCCAUAGGCCCAGUGAGUCUGUUGAGCACCAGGGGAGGUUCUGGGCAGGCCCAAGGUGGUGGAUCAGAGGCCCUGGGGCCUUGCCUGGCCCUCUGUCCCAGAGGGAGCCAGGCACAAAUUGAGGGUUCUCUCUUAUUUGCAACUACUGACUGAUUAAUAACAGACUAGUAAAGACAAAGCAGUGGCACAUAUUAGUUAUGGCCGAAAGCAGAAGCCUCUGUAUACACUUGUUUCGGAAUUCCCAUUAAUAUAAGUAAAAGGCAGAGAUUUUCAGCAAUAAAAGGACACAACACAUUUUCUGAAAUGUCAACAAUGAAGUAUUAUUAUGAAUGAAAAACAACUUGGUUCUCUAUUUCUACUUCGUACCAUUUUAAUGCAAAGCUUCAUAUAUAUGAAAAUGACCAUGAUGAGAUUUUUUUUUUUAAUGAUUGACUAUGAAGUGGUGGUGGGGGGGGGGGGAACACAAACCAAAAAAUUCUCCAAAUCCCACAACAGAAUAAAUAAGACUAGUUUGAAACUAAAUGUUAGAUCAAUUCUUACACUCAUUUGUAGUUUUGGGGAGCUUGGGGAUAAGUUGUGAGACUACAAUAAGACCAUUUAUGGGAACAUAUUUUGGAGAACAUAAAACCUAUACCAUUGUAUAGAAUGAUGAUUCCUUUAAGGCUUCUUUCCGACCUCCUUAUUCUUCCCGGAAAUAAAAAGUAAGACUUCUAAACUUUGGAGGAGACCCAAAUUCUUAAAUUAGUUAAGAGAAAUCUUUGGCUAUCUGUAAAAACUCCUCUUUCUUCAAAAUCCCCUCUCUAUGUAUGAAAUCAAUUGUUACCUAAGCCUUUCUGGAAAUAAUGAGAAGAGAUGGCCUUGUGUUUUCUCUUCGGCCAGUUGUGUAUUUGUAGAGAUGACUGUCUCCUCCCUUCUAAAAUAAACAAACCAGUAGUGCUUUAAAUCCAC